GAGCUCCUCUUAAAGGGCACGGCACAGUGCGACACGCAACACACGGAAAUACCGUAUUAUUAUUAAAAUACAAUUUUAUCAAACCAAACUUGAAAUUAAUUAUCACGUGAUUUUAAUAUUCCAACAAAGCCGAACGGCAUAUUUUUUUGGACGGCUGAACACCAUUGGAACGCCCCCCUAUUGUUCCCCUUUUUAUAGUCAACCCCUACGCCAUGUCGCCAUUAUCGGCAUAAGACAACAAGCAGGAGUGUAGUCGACCUACCUUACGGUCCUCCGUGUCCUCGCCUGUCCGCCGCGUCACUCAGCGUCUCCCCCUGCCAUGCCCCGCGUCAGCUCGCUGCUACCCGCCCUGCUGUUCGUCCUCUUCCCGGGCCCGAGCUGGGGUUACUUUCCCGAGGAGCGCUGGAGCCCGGAGUCUCCGCUUCUCUCCCCGCGGGUCGUGCUCUCGCUCAUCUGCCGCAACUCCGCGCACUCGUUGCCGCUCUUCCUGGGAGCCAUCGAACGCCUCCGCUACCCGAAGGACCGCAUAGCUCUGUGGGUGGCGACAGAUCACAAUGUAGAUAACACCACUGCUAUCCUGAGAGAGUGGCUCAUCAAAGUUCAGAAUGACUAUCACUAUGUGGAGUGGAGACCCGAUGAUGGAUCCAGUGCCUUCGAGGACGAGGUGGGACCUAAACACUGGAAUAAUCUUCGAUAUGAACAUAUUAUGAAGCUUCGCCAGGGGGCAUUGGACACGGCCCGUGAGGUCUGGGCCGACUAUCUGCUGGUGGCAGACUGUGACAACCUGCUCACCAACCCAGAUGUGUUGUGGAAACUGAUGAGAGAAAACAAGACCAUUGUUGCUCCGAUGUUGGAGUCCAGAGCUGCUUACUCUAACUUUUGGUGCGGCAUGACCUCACAGGGUUACUACAAGCGAACACCAGCCUACAUGCCUAUCAGAAAGCAGGAGCGUCGUGGCUGCUUCGCUGUACCGAUGGUCCACUCGACAUACCUGGUGGACCUGCGGAAGGAAGCCUCUCGUCAGCUGGCUUUUUACCCCCCACAUCCAGAGUACAGCUGGUCUUUCGACGAUGUCAUCGUUUUUGCCUACUCUGCUCGCAUGGCGGAUGUCCAGAUGUAUGUAUGCAACAAAGAAACCUAUGGAUAUUUUCCUGUGCCGAUGCGCUCCCAUGCUACACUGCUGGAUGAGGCCGAGAGCUUCUUGCACACUCAUCUUGAAGUCAUGGUGAAAAAUCCUCCUCUGGAGUAUUCCAGCUUCCUGACUCUUCCUCCCAAGCAGCCAAACAAGAUGGGCUUUGAUGAGGUGUUCAUGAUAAAUCUGGUGCGGAGAUCUGACCGGCGGGAGCGCAUGCUAAGAACAUUACACGAGAUGGAGCUGAGCUGUAAGUUGAUUGCAGCUGUGGAUGGCAAAGCUCUGAAUGAGAGUGACAUUGAGCCUAUGGGGAUUAGUAUGCUGCCUGGGUACAAAGACCCCUAUCAUGGUCGACCUCUCACCAAGGGUGAACUGGGUUGUUUCCUCUCUCAUUACAACAUCUGGAAGGAGAUAGCAGACCGCGGUCUGCACACAUCCUUGGUCAUUGAAGACGACCUGCGCUUUGAGGUGUUCUUCAAACGCCGUCUCCAGACGUUGCUCCAGGAAGUGUCGGCACACAAGCUGGACUGGGAUCUCAUUUAUAUCGGACGUAAGCGAAUGCAGGUGGAUCAUCCAGAGAAGUCGGUGCCAAACAUCCACAAUCUGGUGGAGGCCGACUACUCCUACUGGACUUUAGGCUAUCUGCUGUCCUUGCAAGGAGCCCAAAAACUCUUGAAGGCAGAGCCUCUGAAAAAGAUGCUUCCUGUGGAUGAGUUCCUUCCUGUCAUGUAUGACAAACAUCCUGUCUUGGACUACAUGGACCACUUUGAGGAUCGGAACCUGCGAGCGUUCUCCGCGGAGCCGCUUCUUGUGUAUCCCACCCAUUAUACAGGAGACGCGGGCUACAUCAGCGAUACAGAAACCUCCGUGGUCUGGAACAACGAGACAACCAAGACAGACUGGGACCGAGCCAAGUCCAGGAAAACGCAGGAGCAGGUGGAGCUGAGCCUGGAGGCUCAGAACUCGGAUGUGCUUCAGUCCGAUUUGGAGAACUGGAGUGCACGGGAUGAGCUGUGAGGCCUUCAGGGAGCUCUCACACGACACUGAGCAGGUUGACAUACUGGGCAGGAGAAGAAAGCUAGGUGAGUGGAAGUAAUAAGGCGAGGUAGACGAACACAGGUCAAGUGAGACUUCAACGUUUGUCUCUUGUCACAAUUUGAUCUUUCUCUUAAAAGGAGGAGGUUGGAUCUAAAGUAAAAUUAACUCUUGAAGAGUCGCUGAGUAGCUUUCGUUUUAUUUAUUGCCUGCUAACACCUCCCUUUGGUUCAGGUAUAACCAGACUGAAACAUUUAAUUACUGACUAACCCGCCUACUCUUUCAAAUAAACAAUUAACGCUUUAGGUCAGAUUAAUCCUAGGGUUGCUGUGGAUUAAUUUACAUUAAUCAUGUUUAUUUAAUCUAUAAUAAUAAUGUUUAAUUUAGCAUUUUGCAACAAAGAGAGUCAAGUAAAAAGGGAAUAUAUAUGCACUUAAUGUGUUAAACACUUUUAAAGGGGACCUAUGAUGAUUUAAAUCGACAUGUAAAACACUUCCUUGUGGUGUAGAUCAGUAUUUUUCACACUAGUGUGCCGUGAGAUACAGUCUGGUGUGCCGGGGGAGAUUAUCUAAAAUCACCUAUUUGGGUUACAAAUAUUUUUUGCAAACCAGUAACUAUAGUCUGCAAAUUAUGUGUUGUUGUUGAGUGUCGGUGCUGUCUAAAGCUCAGCAGAAUCACUGUGUAAUACUCUUCUAUCUCAGUAAGUGGCAGACGGUAGCUAAUUGCUUUGUAGAUGUCGGAAACAGCGGGAGGCAGUGUGCAGGUAAAAAGGUGUCUAAUGCUUAAACCAAAAAUAAACAAAAGGUGAGUGCCCCUAAGAAAAAGCAUUGAAGCUUAGGGAAGGCUAUGCAGAACGAAACUAAAACUGAACUGACUACAAAGUAAACAAAAACAGAAUGCUGGACGACAGCAAAGACUUACUGCGGAGCAAAGACGGCG